AUGUCAUCAUUAUUUUCUGCCAUGAAGUCUGACACUUCCUCGAAGAGUCGUGGCAAUCUCCAAGAAGAGGCAGAAUGUGAAUCCAAGCAUGCCGCAACUGGCGUUAACACAAGUCUUGAUUCACCACAGGGACAUGCGAGAAAUAACAAUACUUCUGAAAACAUGACGUCUAAUCCUCCCAUUGAUCCUAGAAAUGUUUCAAGUGCUAAUUCUCAACACCGCCAACACUCAUCAGCACCCCCGAAUGCAAAGACCAACCAUGGCCAUCACACUAGUAAUCGUAGCGAUAGCUUAGAGAGCUCAAAUGCACCAUUUAGGCCUCAUACCGGUGGUGACAUCCGGUGGGAUGCAAUUAACAUGGUGAAUGCCAAUAGUGCAGUUGGUCUUAGUAACUUUCGGCUUCUCAAGCGUCUUGGGUAUGGAGACAUAGGAAGUGUUUACCUUGUUGAGCUUAGAGGAACUAGUGCUCAUUUUGCUAUGAAAGUUAUGGAUAAGGCUUCACUUGCAAGUAGAAAUAAGCUACUGAGAGCACAGACAGAGAAGGAGAUCCUUGGGCUUCUUGACCACCCAUUCUUGCCUACCCUCUACUCUUAUUUUGAGACUGAUAAGUUCUAUUGCUUGGUCAUGGAGUUCUGUAGUGGAGGCAAUCUUCAUACUCUUCGCCAGAGGCAACCCAACAAGUAUUUUACGGAGGAAGCAGCACGGUUUUAUGUUUCUGAAGUAUUGCUAGCGCUGGAGUAUCUACACAUGUUAGGCAUUGUCUAUAGGGAUUUGAAGCCAGAAAAUGUCCUAGUAAGAGAUGAAGGUCAUAUAAUGCUCUCUGAUUUUGAUCUCUCACUUCGCUGCUCCGUCAAUCCAACUCUUGUCAAGUCCACAUCUACACAUUCAAGCAAUGGUGGAGGGAAUAGUGGUGGUGGCAUUUUGGAUGAAGAAUAUGCAGUGCAUGGUUGCAUACAACCUUCAACAUUUUUCCCUCGCAUUUUGCCUAGCAAAAAGAAUCGUAAAUCUAAAUCAGACUUUGGACUUUUCGUUGGAGGCUCCCUCCCAGAACUAAUGGCAGAGCCAACGAAUGUACGCUCCAUGUCAUUUGUAGGCACCCAUGAAUAUUUAGCCCCAGAGAUUAUUCGAGGAGAGGGUCAUGGCAGUGCGGUGGACUGGUGGACCUUUGGGAUCUUCUUAUAUGAGUUGCUGCAUGGAACAACUCCAUUCAAAGGCGCAGGAAAUAGGGCUACACUAUUCAAUGUUGUAGGGCAGCCAUUGAGAUUUCCGGAUACACCACAAGUGAGCUCUGCCGCUCGAGAUCUGAUUAGAGGUCUUUUAGUGAAGGAACCCCAUAAACGCAUUGCAUACAAAAGGGGAGCCACAGAGAUAAAACAACAUCCAUUUUUUGAAGGUAUGAACUGGGCUCUAGUCAGAAGUGCCAUGCCUCCACAUGUACCUGAACCAGUAGACUUCUCACAAUAUGCUAGCAAAGAGCCACCGCCAGCUGCUAAUAAUAAGAAGACGGCAGAUACUGAAGUUGAUAAAACCAAUGGCAGUCCUGGUCAUCAUGAUUCUUCCUAUAUAGAAUUUGAAUACUUCUAG